GCCAGAAGCGCUUAGAAGAGGCGCCCCCGGUGAAGAUAGCAGCCCGGACCACCUCCUCACCGGACCACCUCCUCACCGGACAGCCCUGCAGGACCGGACCAGCGCCGAGCGGAGAUUUACUUCCACUGGGAGGAGACGCACACACCGAGCCGGAAGAAGCGUCGGCUGACGCAAAGCUAGUUGCCACCUGCGGUGUGCCCCUGUGUCUGAGAGCAGCUGCUCUCACUCCCCGCUACAUGGAUUAAUCUUUCCUGUACAUGCUGCACUUUAUUCCAUGGAAUAAAAGAUCUACUACCUGGGACAUCAAACGUGGUGGUGUCCUCCGGAAAUGAGUGCCAAAGGUUCAUUAUAAAUACCACUUGCAUGUAUUGACAGUCAUCACUUCCAUCUUCCAUCAAGCUGCCCUGUUCUCCUUUUUUCAUCCUUUAAUGUAAUAACAAAGUGAUACUAGGUGCAUCAUGGUCAGACUUGUGCUUCCAAACCCAGGACUUGAAAACAGGAUACAAACCUAUGAGCAACUUGAGGUCCUAGAAAAAGAAGAAGCAGGAGAAAGACCAAAAUGGGACAACAAAGCACAGUAUAUGCUUACCUGUAUAGGUUUUUGUGUGGGACUAGGAAACGUAUGGAGAUUCCCUUAUCUUUGCCAAAGCCAUGGAGGAGGAGCAUUUAUGAUCCCCUUUCUUAUACUGUUGGUAUUUGAAGGCAUACCACUGCUACACCUUGAAUUUGCAAUUGGGCAGCGUCUGAGAAAAGGAAGCGUGGGAGUAUGGAGUUCUAUUCACCCAACACUAAAAGGAGUUGGUGUGGCAUCAAUGUUGGUAUCUUUCUUUGUUGGCCUGUAUUAUAACACUAUUAUUGCAUGGGUCAUGUGGUACUUUUUCAACUCCUUCCAAGAACCUUUGCCAUGGAGUGAAUGCCCUUUAAAUGGAAACCGAACAGAUGUGGAAUUAGAGUGUGCAAAGAGCUCUCCUGUGGACUAUUUUUGGUACAGAGAAACACUGAAUAUUUCAACAUCUAUUGACAAUUCAGGCGGCCUCCAGUGGUGGUUAGUGGUCAGCUUGGCUUGUGCAUGGGGUGUACUGUAUGUGUGCACUAUCAGAGGAAUUGAAACUACAGGAAAGGCAGUUUAUGUAACAUCAACACUUCCAUAUUUGGUUCUUACUAUUUUCCUAAUAAGAGGCCUAACAUUGAAGGGUUCUACAAGUGGAAUUGUAUAUUUGUUCACUCCAGACGUAUCUGAAUUGGCAAAUCCAAAAACUUGGCUGGAUGCUGGUGCCCAGGUUUUCUAUUCUUUUUCGCUUGCUUUUGGGGGACUGAUUUCAUUCUCUAGUUAUAAUUCAAUACAUAACAAUUGUGAAAGGGAUGCAGUCAUCAUCUCUGUUAUUAAUGGAUUCACAUCUGUAUUUGCUGCUACUGUCAUCUAUUCUAUUAUUGGAUUCCGUGCUACAGCCCAAUAUGAUGAUUGCUUGGCUAGCAACAUCCUGGCACUUACUAAUACAUUUGAUUGGCCAGAGGGGAAUAUAACUGAGGAUAACUAUGACCACAUGCUGAGUUAUUUUAAUCAGACUCAAUCAAAUGUGGUUGCAUCCCUUCAGCUUCCUAAAUGUGAUUUAAAUACCCUUCUAUCUGAGGGCGUUGAAGGAACAGGAUUGGCUUUUAUUGUAUUCACCGAGGCCAUUACAAAAAUGCCAGUGUCCCCUCUCUGGUCUGUUUUGUUCUUUAUAAUGCUCUUCUGCUUGGGGCUUUCUUCCAUGUUUGGUAAUAUGGAAGGGGUAUUAGUGCCAUUAAUGGAUUUGAAAUUAAUACCAAAAUCAUGGCCAAAAGAAGCUGUCACAGGAAUGAUAUGUGCGGUUUCAUUCUUGAUUGCACUUAUAUUUGUGUUGGAGUCUGGGAACUAUUGGCUGGCUCUGUUUGAUGAUUUUGCUGGAUCUGUACCAUUGUUGAUAAUAGCUUUUUGUGAGAUGUUUUCAGUAGUUUAUAUAUAUGGAAUAGACAGGUUUAACAGAGACAUCAAAUUUAUGAUUGGUCAUAAACCAAACAUCUUCUGGCAAGCCACUUGGAGAGUUAUCAGUCCUCUGAUUAUGCUUGCAAUAUUCCUAUUCUAUUUUGUUGUUCAAGUUACAGAGAAACCUUCAUACAAAACUUGGGAUCCCAAAUAUGCAGAUUUUCCGAAGUCAAGUGAACAAUUUUAUCCUGACUGGGUGUACGCGAUGAUAGUAGUUCUGGCUGGAGUUCCAAGUUUAGUAAUACCUGGGUUUGCUAUUGUCAUAUUUAUUAGGAGAUGCAUAAAGAAAGAUGAUGACCAGCAAGAAAUUAUGAAUGCUGCAUCGAUGGUGUCUGUUAAUGGUGAUACAAAAAUCAAGAUGUAAAGUUUAAAAUGUGGAAAAAUUUACAUUGAAUGAAAAAUAAAAAUAUCACAUUACCAAGAUACUCUGAAGAAUACAGAAUUGAACACAAGCAUUUUUUUGAGGGAAUGGAAGAGAAAAGUCUCAGUUUAAGCCCAGACCCAUAGCACUAAAUCAGUAAUCAACAAAUAACACCAAAGUGCCCAGAAUGGGCACGGAAACACCAUUUUAUAAACCCCAGUGUUAAAACAUAAAGGGGUACUCCAGUUGAAAAUGUUUCAUUUUUAAUUAACUGGUUCCCGAAAAUUAAACAGAUUUGUAAAUUACUUCUAUUUAAAAAUCUUAAUCCUUCCAGUACUUAUCAGCUGCUGUUUUCUCUAGAGGAAGUUCUUUUCUUUUUGAAUUUUUCUUCUGUCUGAUCACAGUGCUCUCUGCUGACACCACUGUCCAUGUCAGGUACUGUCCAGAGCAGGAUAGGUUUGCUAUGGGGAUUUGCUCCUGCUCUGGACAGAGGUAUCAGCAGAGUGCACUGGGGUCAGACAGA